AUGGCACAAACAAUUGAAAUAAUUAAGAAAAAAAUUAAACAUAGCAAGAAAGCUGAUCCAUUGGCUAAACAGAAAUUAUGGUGGACUAUUGGACAUACUGUUUCGUUUGUAUUAGGUGUUCUAUUUUCAAUUACCUAUUUUUACCAUGUCCUAUUUUUUUAUAAGUAUCGUCAAUGGAAAUGGUUAUUUUUAAGAUUGGAUAGAACAUACCAAUUCAUUCCUGGGAAUACUUGGACCGCUACAAUAAUUAAUUUUUUACCACACAUCUUUUACAGGUUUUCAUUAAUUGGGUUUGUUCUUUCAGGUUCCAUUUCCUUAUAUCAAAGUUGGGCAGGUGUUUCACCAAGUUGGUAUGAUUUAUUUGGCAGUGGUAAUUUCCUUGCUAUAUUCCUAGCUGCAGUAUGGGCACUCGUUGGUAGAAAAUCAUUCUACAGACUAUUUCCAUUUAUGUCAUUAAGUUAUAUGCAUUUGAUGAAUAGGGAUUCUGAAAUUGAAAAUAAUAUUAAAGAAGAAGAAAAAGCCACUUUGAGAAAUGCAAAAAUAUUGAGUAUGAUUUCUUAUUCAGAAUAUCUUGUAGCAGUUGCUUUAUUUUUUGACACCAUUUUGUUGAAGGAUGGUACUUCUGGAUUUUUAGCAGUUAUCUAUUAUGGGUUAUUCUGGAUCAGAUUGAAUUUUGUUAUGUCAGCACAAGUUACAGCACUGCAAGUCUUGGAGAAAAUUGAGAAAUAUACCCCAGAGAAACAUAAACAUAAGCUUCAGAUUGUUGAAGAUUUCCUUUAUUCAAAAAUGAAAAAGUGUCAAAAUAUGACUAUGAAUUAA